GUCAGGGCCACGGCGGGCGCGGGCGGAGACCGGGCUGCGCGCACUGCGACCGCGCCAGAGUCGCCCGCGCUCUCCGGCCGCCGCGUCGCCGCCCGCGCCUCCAGGCCACGCCGCGCCGCACCCGGGCCGAGCAUGGAGCUGCUGUGCUGCGAGGGCCCCCGGCACGCGCCCCGCGCCCGGCCCGACCCGCGGCUGCUGGGCGACGCGCGCGUGCUGCGCAGCCUGCUGCGCCUGGAGGAGCGCUACGUGCCGCGCGCCUCCUACUUCCAGUGCGUGCAGAAGGAGAUCCAGCCGCACAUGCGGCGCAUGCUGGCCUACUGGAUGCUGGAGGUGUGUGAGGAGCAGCGCUGCGAGGAGGAAGUCUUCCCGCUGGCCAUGAACUACCUGGAUCGCUACCUGUCCUGUGUCCCCACCCGAAAGGCGCAGUUGCAGCUCUUGGGCGCGGUCUGCAUGCUGCUGGCCUCCAAACUGCGCGAGACCACGCCCCUGACCAUCGAAAAACUUUGCAUCUACACGGACCACGCGGUGUCUCCCCGCCAGAUGCGGGAAUGGGAGGUGCUGGUCCUGGGGAAGCUCAAGUGGGAUCUGGCAGCUGUGAUCGCGCAUGAUUUCCUGGCCCUGAUUCUGCACCGGCUGUCUCUGCCCAGUGAUCGACAGGCCUUGGUCAAAAAGCACGCCCAGACCUUUUUGGCCCUCUGUGCCACAGAUUAUACUUUCGCCAUGUACCCACCAUCCAUGAUCGCAACAGGCAGCAUUGGGGCUGCAGUGCAGGGCCUGGGCGCUUGCUCCACAUCCGGCGAUGAGCUCACUGAGCUGCUCGCCGGCAUCACUGGCACCGAUGUGGACUGUCUACGGGCCUGCCAGGAGCAGAUUGAAGCUGCGCUCAGAGAGAGCCUGCGGGAAGCCUCCCAGCCGACCCCCACCCCGGAGCUCAAAACUCCCCGGGGCUCCAGCAGCCAAGGGCCCAGCCAGACCAGCACGCCCACAGAGGUCACUGCCAUCCACCUGUAGCCCUGACAGGACCCGAGUGGCCACCAUGCAGCAGAUGGGCCCCCACCACUCCUCCCUGCCUCUGGAACAAGUACUACGUCCUCAAGCCCAAGGGGCUGGGUCCUGCCUUUCCCUAUCUGCACUAAAGGCUGUCCAGCCAUGCCGGCAUGGGGUCCAGCCCCCCUCCUGUGUCUGACCAGCUCGGCCCCUUCCUGGCUUGGGCCGCUCUGCUCAGAUGGGAUGGGAGCGGGUGAGUCUCUGCACCAGCGUCUUCUUGAGGCUGCACCUCUGGCCCUCUCAUUCUUAACUAAAAUGCCCUGUGCCUUCUAAGAUGCUGCUCCGACCUGGGGCCACUGCGUUUGGAUGGUUGCUGCGGGUACCCUGCUGCACACAGAGGGAUACAGUCUGCUGCUCCUAGAGAAGGCCUAGCUUCAGCCACAGGCAUCCUCCUCGCUUUGCUUCCUGCUCAGCUGCUCCUGUGUGCUGGAGUUUGGUGCUCAAGUGGCCGUGUUAAUUUAUUAUUGCUAGAGUAUAACUGUAAGGGGUGCAGUGGGCGUGCCCGCCCCAUGGAGGUGGUAACCCUGGCGGUUGCUGCUUCUUUCCCUUUUGCUGCCGACUACAUGAGCUUUGUGGCCCAGGAGCUGCUACAGCCUGGGGCGGGUCUGUGCCCUCCUCUCCCCUUUGUGCCCUGUCCCUUCCUACAGCAGGAAGGACACCAGAGUGGCCAAGCCCCCACUGGAGAGGGAGGCAAGCUCUAGACACAGGCCUUUCCAGCGCCACAAGGUUCAGGCUGGUGGCCUGGGACCACCACACUGCCUUAAUAAAGAUUCUGGAAGAAGA